GAUCGCUUCAUGAAGAAUGUGCGUCAGAGCCUAAAGGAAGCCAACUACUACGAGGGCCACCAGGAGCUGCGUGCUAUUGCCAGCCGCCUGGUCAAGCAGAAGAAGCAUGAGCGCGCCAUACAGCUCCUGUACCUGGGCGCGCUGGAGCUCUGCCAGUACCACCAGUGGGGCAGUGUCGCUGACUUGACCACGUACAUGAUCAACAUCUACAUUGACGAGAAGAUGCCAGUGACGGUGGAGAGCAAGGAGCGCGUGUACGACAUCUUCGAGAAGCUCGCGACAGCAACGGAGUACUACCCGCGCGUGUACGAGACAGCCAUCCAGUGGUCGAUUGCGGCUGACCGGCAGGCGGGUGUGGCAGAGAGCGUAGGCGACACGCAGAUGCACCAUUUCCUGGGGUGCAUUCUGCGCGGCAAUGCGCGGUACACGGACGCCGAGCAACACCUGCUUGUGGGCACACCGGAGAGCCCCGCAGUGCUCGGCAACAUGCUGUUUGAGUGGGCGUCGCGCACGUCCUGCGCUGACUAUGGGCUGUUUGCUGCCCGCGGAGUGCUGCGCUACUUGGCCAUCGGGUGGUAUGAGGCCGCGGUGUCGUGCUGGAAGGCAUUUGCUGGAAGGCUGGCACAGGCCCUGCCGGAUCGCGUCCAGGAGCGCUCGGAGGCGGUGACCAAGAUCGGCCCAGUGUACCACGUGCAGGGCCAUGAGCUGGCCAACUUUGUGCAGCUCUUGCUGCUGGCAGUCGAGCGGUCGGAUGGCAAGCCGUCGUCGCAGGCUGCGCGUGUUCUGGCGGAGCUGCGCCAACAGUACGUGCCGCUAUUUGGCGAGAAUGCCCAGACUGCCAGCGAGCUGAUCGAUGCGGUUGCUGCCAAGUUCUUUGGUGUGGUUGUCCAGAAGCAGCAGUCG